AAUUUUGUAUUAGUUUUCGUAGUCGUGGGUCGUGGUUGGGUUAGUGAAUGCGUGUUAUUUGUUAGGUUAUUUGAGUGUGUUAGGGUUACUGAUAUUAAUUUACUAAUAAAAUCAAUCAUGACUAAGGUUAUAGAAGAAGUUCAUUUAACGACUAUUAAACCCAAAAACGAAGUACUAUUACUAGCACAAGAAAUAUCGUUUGCCAAAGUUCUUGCAUCUAACGACAAACGUCUUAGAGAUCGCGGCCUGAGGAGGCUAAAAAAGUGGUUUACGGCCCGUUCUCAAGGAUCAGCAGAUUUCACUAAAGAAGAUCACAUGAGAAUAUGGAAAGGUCUCUUCUACUGCAUGUGGAUGUCAGAUAAACCAUUAAUUCAAGAAGAAUUGGCAGAAGAAAUUAGCCGUCUAAUUCACAGUUUUGCAUCAUUUAAAUCUUCCCUCUUAUUUAUUGAAACAUUUUUUGAAUCCUUGGGUGUGGAGUGGUUUGGCAUUGAUCAACUUCGCUUGGAUAAGUUUAUGAUGUUGGUGAGGAGGUUCAUGCGGCAAAGCUUUGAACUCGUUGCUCGCAGUGGGUGGUCCAAAGAUCACGUGCAACAACUAUCAGACGUGUACUACAGGACCUUGAAUGCUGCACCCCUUGGGUUGAGUAUGCACAUAAUCGAGGUUUUUUGUGAAGAGUUAGCCAAGGUGGGGAAAGGUGAACUUUCAAGCGAAAUCAUCCUGCUUUUUAUUACAAUGUUUGCUCGCUUUUUGGCAAAUCUUAAGGAUGGACGACUCAUAUCUCACAUCACUCGUCGAGUAUUUUUGCAUCUUAUUCGUCAAACAGAAAUGGGCGUAGAGCAUGAAAUGAAAUUUGCUGCAUGGAAAGAGUAUGGGUUCCCUGGUGGAGAUAUUGAUGCUGCAGAGAGAGUGGAACUAGAGUCCGAGGAGGAGGAGGAAGAAGAAGAAGAAAUGAUGGAAGGUAGUGAAGAUGAGAUGGUAGAAGAGAGACAAGUGGGGGUGGAUGCGAGAGCAGGGAAUGUGGAUGUACUGCUACCUCCUCUGGAUUUUGAUCCCUUGGAACUGCUUGAAGUUCUCAAGGAACUCAGGAAUAAAAAGGAGACCACCAUCAAAGCCAGAAAAGCCCUAAUCCAACUCAUAUCGAAGUAUGAACAGCUGAGUGCUGGGAAGUAUCCACUUGGUCUUCACAAAGUGGCACUGCCAAACAAAAUUGAUAAGAAGAAGGAAGUAAUGAAAGCAGCAAAGAAACUAUAUUUAGAAGAAAGAAAGCUAAUUCAUAGCGAGAGUGAAUCUGAGGAAGAUGGGGAUGCUCAGACAUCUAAGAAACAAAAAAGAGGAAAAGCAAAAAAAUUUAAAAAAUCUGUGUGGAAGAUUUCUGAAGCUAAUGACAAUGAACAUAUAGAAUCAGAACCCAAUAAUUCGUGGGAAGUCAUUGAGUCAGACACGAAAGUUAAACAUUUGAAGAAGAGAAAAUCUGAUAAGGUAGAAAGUUCGACGAAUGGUAUUGUUAAGAGUAAAAUUAAAAAGGCAAAGCUUUCUCAAUUUUCUGUUAGCGAUAGUAAAGAGAACAGUUUCUCUUCACCAGUUUCCAGUACACCUAAGAUUAGAGAUAACAGAAAUGUGUUGGAAAAAGCUACAUCAAAUCUUCAAAAUAUAUCAACGGAAGAAAUCAGCACAAUACAGAAAUCAGUUAACAAAACAAAAAAUAAAGCGAGCAAAAAAACUAAAGCUGAGAACAGUGACACUAUCGCAAAGAUAAAUUCUAUAGCAGAGCCUCAAGACGAUAUUCAAAAUAAGAAAAAAAUCAGGCAACAAAACAAUAAGAAAUUACAAAAUGCAUCUUCACAACCCGAAAAUGAAUCCACGAGCUCAAAAAAUGAGGAAAUUGAAACAUCAGAUUUGAAAUUGAACAUGUCAACAGAGAAAAAUAAUGGUUGGGGUGGUGAAUGGGAUGAACCACUCAAAGAUGGUGAAUAUGAAAUAUUUAUUCCAAACAAAAAAUAUGUAGAGAAAAGAAAGUCACUCGGGCUUCCUUAUCCUGUUUCUUCAUUUGUUCAGAAAUCAGCAGAAAAAAUCACACCGGUUAACAAAAUAAAAGCUGGACUGAAGAAUCUGACGUCAACUCCCGGCAGCCAGAAGAAGGUGGAAUUCAACCUUAGUGCAAACUGUUCACAAGAUUACAAGGAGUACACACUGCAGGUGAAAAGCAGUAAAAAGCAAGUCCCAUUUGACGCUUCCAAAAAACCAGUGCAAGGCCUGCUGAAGAAUUCUACACCAAGCCCAAUCAAUCCUUUCUACAAGAAAAAACUAAGUUUCUUGAAAUCACCAUAAAACAAAAUUGUUUUUUAGAUAUCCAUUUUGUUGUAAAUACUUUUAUAUAUAAAUUUAUAUAAGGAUCUUCUGGCAUGGUAUUAAUAAUUGUGUAUAUAUUUAUUGUAAUUAAAUAGAUUUGUUAUCUUUUGUUUUUUAAAA